UCCAACCAGAACCCACUUAUCGCGUCUUUCACCACUUUACAACGCGUAUCGAGACGUCUUAUCUUUUUCGCGAUCUUACAGAGAUAUUCAACCAACAUCACUUUUCUUCCCUGGCUGUUCGCAUCAGCGUAACACAGUCAUCGGUGCAGCUGCAAGAUCUGCGCGGAGUUACCCCGCACCUCCCCUUCUAUUGUCAUCCCUUAUUAUCCAUUUUUCCCAAGCUCUCUCUCUCGACUACCUACUCUUUCAUACUCUCCAUAUUCCCCCGAACUCCGGCUUUGGUUCGGAUCCCCGCCGAUCAUAUCAACCAUCUAUCUACGCCAAUUCAGGCAUAUGGCGUAACAUCUAGCGCAGUUAUCGACCUCGUUUCAAGCCCCUUGUCCCUUCUUCGCGGGGCAAUCCCCCUCACGCUUAAUUUAUCAUGUCCGUCCCAAGACCUGGAAUGCGGCCUAUGCCGCCCAGAACUGGCCCCAGGGCUCCCCCCAUGGGACGUCUGGCCAGUCUCAAGCCAACAGGUUCAACCCCCAUCAGGCGGCCACAGCCGAUUUCCCGGCCUCAACCGGUCAGGCCGACUACCCAUCCCAAGACGACUACUUGUCCUAACCCAGGCUGUCCGGCCCCUCAUAUCGUCGAGGAUGACGGCCAGAAGGUCUGUUCCGGGUGUGGUACUGUCAUUAGUGAGGCAAACAUUGUCUCCGAAGUCACCUUCGGUGAAACGUCCUCCGGUGCUGCCGUCGUUCAGGGAACAUUUGUCGGUGAAGACCAGUCACAUGUUCGCAGCACGGGCCCUGGCCGGUUCCAUGGAGGCACAGAGAGCCGUGAGCUCACUGAAGCCAACGGUAACCGGUACAUCACGCAGCUGUCUCGCGCCUUGAUGAUCCCAGAGAGUGCCUCAAAGGCAGCCACUCAGGUGUUCAAGCUGGCCGUCGGCCUGAAUUUCAUUCAAGGUCGUAGAACCAAGACUGUUGCCGCGGUCAGCUUGUACAUCGCCUGCCGCCGACAGGACGGCAACACGGUCAUGCUCAUCGACUUUGCUGAUGUGCUCAUGCUGAACGUCUUCAAGUUAGGUCGGACGUACAAGGCCUUGUUGGAGGAGCUACGCCUCGGAGGCACCAUCUUCCUCAUGAACCCCAUUGAUCCCGAGAGUCUGAUUUAUAGAUUCGCCAAACAACUUGAAUUCGGACCUAGCACAAUGCAGGUCGCUAGCGAAGCUGUGCGCAUUGUGCAGCGCAUGAACCGCGACUGGAUGACUACAGGUCGUCGUCCUGCUGGUAUCUGUGGUGCAGCGCUGAUUCUUGCUGCCCGCAUGAACAACUUUCGCCGCACGGUCCGGGAAGUUGUCUACGUGGUGAAAGUCACCGAGAUCACGAUCAGUCAACGACUCAACGAAUUUAGCUCGACCGAGAGUGGUGAGCUAACCGUCGAUCAAUUCCGUUCGGUCCAACUGGAAAACGCACACGACCCGCCCUCAUUUGCUCGAUCCAGAGAGGGUCGGAAACCAUCGCGGUCCUUCAAGAGAAAACCUGCCGAGACUGCGGCUGAGAUCGAAGGCGACGUACCUGAGGCGCAGCAGCCUAGACGGGUCGACUCCGAUGGCUUCGCGAUCCCCAACCUUCCCAUUGACCCGGCGUUGAUGGCAACCAAUCUCAGCCAAAGACGGCAGUCGACUGCCUCCGUCACCAGCGAUGCGACGUCCGAAUUCGGAGAAGACGCCCCGGCAGGUCGCCCUAAGGGGAAAAGACCUCAACUCCCCCUUCCAUCGGCCGAACAGGUUGCGUCUGAAGAGGCGCUUGAGAAUGAAAUGGCCUCCUAUUUGACACAGGGCUCGAAUAUGGUCGAAAGCACUGUCAUUCCGCCCAAGCCAGCAGUGUCGGACAGUACAGAAAUUGAUGCUGCCGAGUUUGAAUCAGACCCAGAAGUGGCCCAUUGCUUGCUGACUCCCGCCGAAGUCGAAAUCAAGGAGCGAAUUUGGGUGCAUGAAAACAAAGAUUACCUACGAGCACAGCAGGCCAAAGCCUUGAAACGCGCCCUAGCAGAAGCUGAGAACCAGCCUGGCGCCGACGGCCGAGUCAACAAGCCCCGGAAACGCCGCAAGGGAAGAUUGGGAGAUGUCACGUAUCUCGAAGGAGAAGGAGAAGAUGGCGAUGGACGAAGUACUCGUGCCUCCACCCCUGCUGAAGCGACUCGGCGAAUGUUGGAACGCAGAGGGUUCAGUAAAAAGAUCAACUACCGACUUCUGGAUUCUCUUUUCGACGAUGGAGGCGCUGACGAAUCUUCGAAAGCGAAGGCCGAGAGUCUCAGUCGAAGCCGAAGUUACAAUCAGGGGAUAUACUCGGGGAUUGUGUCAAAUGAGGAUUUCCUUGCCAUGGUGGACAACCCUGGCUCGGGCAUGGUGGGAUUCAUAGUGGCCAUAUACAACCUGGGAUGUCUGGUUGGGACGGUGAUCUCCUUCCUACGGAGUGAUAAGCUUGGAUUUCGAAGGUCGAUGUGGUUCUCGAUGGCUGUGAUUAUGAUUGGAGGCACAGCCCAAACCUGUUCCUUUUCUAGGACUCAGAUACUCGUGACCCGCUUCUUCACGGGCAUUGGAACCGGUGUGAUGACAGCAGCCGUGCCGGUGUAUCAGUCGGAAUUAUGUGAUGCACGGAAACGAGGAAUGUAUGUCUGCAGCCAGCCUCUUGCAGUCAGUGUUGGCAUUUGCGUGGCCUACUGGUUCGACUACGGGUUGAGCUAUGUCGACGGCUCUAUCAGCUGGAGGCUCCCGAUUGCUUGCCAACUUCUCCUCGCAGCUGGUGUUUCUGUUCUUAUCCUUGGACUCCCUGAGAGUCCCCGAUGGCUGUAUCGCCAUAAAAAGGAGGACGCAGCAUUGCAUGUGCUCUGCGACUUCUACGACCGACAAGCGGAUGACCCAAAAGUUAUCCAGGAAGCAGAAGGAAUCCGCCGAGCCAUUGAAGCUGACAACGCUCGAGGGGAGUACAAAUGGUCUCAGAUCUUUAAGAAGGAUGAGCUUAACACCGGUCGACGAGUCUUGCUGGCCUACGGGCUGCAAUUCAUUAACCAGAUGGGUGGUGUCAACGUGAUAGUCGUAAUUCUCCAAUAUAACGUGGGUCUCGAUGCCAAGCUCAGUCUAUUACUGGGUGGAGUGAUCGAACUCAUGUUUGUCAUAGGCUCCUUUUAUCCCACCUUCUACGCCGAUCGCCUGGGACGUCGUGGCCCAAUGAUGUGGGGAUCGUUUGGCCAGUUCCUGUGCAUGCUGCUGAUCUCCAUUCUUCUAUCGUUCAAAGGAACCGAUCUCGAAAGAGCAACGGCCACGGCGUCAGUGCCAUUCUUCUUCCUCUUCAUGCUCAUCUUCGGAGCCUCCAUCAACUGCAUACCGUGGGUGUAUGGACCGGAGAUCCUUCCCCUGCAUGUCCGCAACAAAGGGUCCGCCAUCGGUAUCUCGGCAAAUUGGCUCUGGAAUUUCUUCGUCGCCAUGAUCGCGCCCGUCCUCAUCAAGGAUCUGGAAUGGAAGGGGUAUCUUAUCUUCAUGUGUUUCAACUUGCUGUUUGUGCCGAUCAUCUAUUUCUACUACCCUGAGACGGCGAACAUGAGUCUCGAAAAUAUCGACCAACUCUUCAUGGAUAAGAAGCCGUACCAACCGGAAGGGUCGAGUGAGACUACUAAAGGAUCGGUGACUUGCACGGAGGUCACGGAGAUCAAGCCUGCGAGUUAAGUGGUGUUGAGGUAAGGUCCUCGAGGAGUGAAUUGGAUGUGAAAGGGCCUCUGUGUGGUGAGCAGAGAUUCGGUGAGGCGGUGGGGGUUUUCUUGAUUGAAGAAGGGGGGUAGAUGUGAGAUGUGAGACGAUAGGAUGUGCGUUGUUGAUGUGAAGGGUC